UGGCAACUCUACUGAGCAGGCGCAAAGCUUUCCGAGUGCAGCACCACCAACAUCAUGGCUGACGUAACAGCGGUGGACGGCGAUAAACUCAGCAAAAAAUUGCCCUGCUGACUGUGGUGGCUCAGCAUGCUGUGCCUUGUCAGGGCAGCCAGGCAGCAACUGUGCCAAGCCCUUGGAGUCAGGGGACAGUGGUUUAAACAUGCACUUCCAUGCACAGCUGCAGUCCCAAUCCCAAUUUACGGGACUCGUUGGAGAGGUGACAAAAGUGAGCUGAAGAGGAGAUUGAAAGCGGAGAAGAAAGCUAUUGAGAAAGAAGCGAAAGUCAAAGAGCACCUUGAGCAUAAGAAGGAAUCCAAUAAUUGUGGACCAUUGGACACGGCUGCUUUGGACGAAGAGACGCUCGACCCGAACCAAUACUUCAAGAUCCGCUCCCAGGCCAUUCAGGAGCUCAAGGGCACAUCUGAGGACCCAUAUCCUCACAAGUAUCAUGUUGACUUGUCACUAACAGAGUUCAUUGAGCGGUACAACCAUCUACAGCCAGGAGAGCACCUAACAGAUGUUGUUCUCAAUCUGUCAGGUCGCGUCCAUGCCAAGAGGGCUUCUGGUGCCAAGCUGUUGUUCUAUGACCUACGAGGCGAGGGCACCAAAUUGCAAGUUAUGGCAAACUCAAGGAACUACAAGUCGGAGGAAGACUUUGUGGACAUCAACAACAAGCUCAGGCGUGGCGACAUCAUUGGUGUCCGUGGAAACCCAGGGAAGACAAAAAAAGGGGAGUUGUCCAUCAUUCCCAUCGAAAUGACUUUGCUGUCACCUUGCCUACACAUGCUGCCUCACCUCCAUUUUGGGCUCAAAGACAAGGAAACCAGAUUCCGUCAGCGCUAUUUGGAUCUCAUCCUAAAUGACUAUGUGAGGCAGAAGUUUGUAACUCGAGCCAAAAUCAUUACAUACUUGCGCAGCUUCCUGGACCAACUAGGAUUUUUAGAAAUCGAGACACCAAUGAUGAACAUAAUUCCUGGUGGAGCAGUGGCCCGUCCGUUUGUGACUUACCACAAUGAGCUGGAUAUGAACCUGUACAUGAGGAUCGCUCCUGAGCUCUACCACAAGAUGCUUGUCGUUGGUGGGAUCGAUCGAGUGUAUGAGAUUGGUCGUCAGUUCCGGAAUGAAGGCAUUGAUCUCACUCACAACCCAGAGUUCACCACUUGUGAAUUCUACAUGGCAUAUGCAGAUUACCACGACUUGAUGGAUAUCACAGAGAAACUUCUGUCUGGUAUGGUGAAGCAUAUUACUGGAGGAUACAAGGUGACCUAUCACCCUGAUGGUCCAGAGGGACAAGCCUACGAGAUUGACUUCACUCCACCGUUUAGAAGAAUGAGCAUGACAGGUGACCUGGAGAAAGCAAUGGGAGUCAAAUUCCCUCCCACUGACAGCUACGACAGUGAUGAGACACGUAAAUUCUUCGAUGACCUGUGUGCCCAGAAGGGAGUUGAAUGUUCACCACCCAGAACCACAGCCCGCCUUCUUGACAAGCUUGUGGGAGAUUUCCUAGAGGUCACCUGUAUCAACCCCACAUUCAUCUGUGAUCACCCCCAAAUCAUGAGCCCCUUAGCAAAAUGGCAUCGAUCACAGAAAGGCCUCACAGAGCGCUUUGAGCUCUUCGUGAUGAAGAAGGAAGUCUGCAAUGCCUACACUGAGUUAAAUGACCCAAUCAGACAGAGGGAGCUUUUUGAGCAGCAAGCCAAGGCCAAGGACGAGGGUGAUGAUGAGGCCAUGUUUAUUGAUGAGACCUUCUGCACAGCGCUGGAAUAUGGUCUCCCACCAACAGCCGGCUGGGGAAUGGGCAUCGAUCGUCUCACCAUGUUCCUUACCAAUUCCAAUAACAUCAAGGAGGUAUUGCUCUUCCCAGCCAUGAAGCCCGAUGACAACAAGACAGCAGUUCCUGCCGAGGGCACUUCUGUCUAAGCUCAUUCCCCUCCUUGCAGGAGUCUUUUUGGGGAAGGAGCUUUUACAUCAGGGUGGUCAUUGGUGGAAUGUUUUUUUUUAAUCCGUCAAAAGCUUGGUUACUCAAUUACUGAAGGAGACUAUCUUUUCUUGAAAGGCUAAUUGUUUAAAAUCAUGACAAAUAAUGUUUGCUUUUGUAUUUUCUACGAGGUUUGUGAUCAUAUUUGUUCGGGUCCUGGUUAUUUGUCAGCAAGUAGACAUUUUCUUCGUCAUUGUCAUCCAGACCCUAAAUGGAUGCGGUUGAUCAGCCACUCGCAUUAUAUGAUCACACCCAUUGUCAAUUAUUCUGUCCAUUAUUCUUAAACGUCUUCUACAAAAUACUAAAAAGUAGUCUGAUGUUGAAAAAGAUCUUGAUUUGAUUCACAUAAAUAUAAAACUGACGCACAUGCAAUGUCAGUCUUCACAGUACUGCCAUCCAUUGUUUGCUUGUAUUCAGUCAUUAAUGGUCUCCAAAAAGAUUAUGUCCUCCUGAUUAUCUAAUAAAUAAAUAAAAACCUAUAUGAAUCUG